AUGGCACCCAGAUUCAAGGACGGGGAUGCCGUGGUCUCCUUCAACGGCAAAUGGGUCGCAUGGACUCACACCAUCUUUGCAUAUGCCGCCUUUUUCAGCGCGCUGAUUGUCGGUGUCGCAUUGCAUUACCAUAAGAUCGUCCAAAAUGAACACUACGGUUACCCCGACGAAUGGUUCCCCUCCGUCUCCGCAACCAUUGGUGAUCGAUACCCCGAACGAUCCUUCUUCCAAGUCUUUAUUGCCAUCACCUCCGGUCCUCGUUUCGUUCUCGUUUUCUUGUGGUAUGUGCUGACCGCACGUCCUAAUUCGACCCUGCCCAAGAUUGUUGCUGGCGUGGGCAUCUUCCGAACUCUGACUUGUGGUGGAUGGACCUACGUUACCUCCACCGAUGAUCACGAUUGGCAUGACAUUUUUAUGAUCUCCUAUCUUGUCGCCACCCUGCCAUGGACCCUGGGCUGCCUCGCCUUGAGCCCUAACAAUCGCCGAGCCGUCAAGUACCGCAAGAUCAUGGCCAGCCUUUUCUUUGGAACCCUGGUGCCAUUGAUCUAUUACUUCAUCCAGCACAAGGUGCACAAGGUUCCUGGUGCCUACACACGCUAUGCUUUCUUCGAGUGGUCCUUGAUCCUGUUUGAUGUUGGAUUCGAUGCAAUCACCGCGCUGGACUUUGAGGGCUUCGAGCUUGUGGUCCGUGACGUGAAGGGAAUGAGCAGAGGGCAGUUGAAGACGACUGCGGAUUCUGUUCUCGAAAAAGAGAAAGGCAAGCCUGUCGGCAAUACCUUCGGUGAAGGUUUCUUCUGGGCCGAGAUUCUUGACGCUGCUUGUGAUGUUUACAACGGGUUCGUCUUCUGGACCAUCGUGACUGGAUUGCCUGUUCUUGUGUGGUACUUCCCCCUAUGGCACAUGGGCAUCUCAGGAUACGAGGUUGCAAUCGCGGCUGUUAUCUCCCCCGUGUUCCUCGCCAUCCCGUCUCUGCGAUAUGCUGCUAUCAAGAACCUGCGGGGACUCCACCUGCUUUCGCUGGUUUCCCUGCUGGCGUACAAGUUCCAGGACCCCGCCAACCGCCUCUUCGUGACUGCAUUUGCCCUUGCAGCCACAUGCGCUGCAUGGACUGCUACGUUCUUCGCUGAGCGUGGCAACACCCCCCGCCUUGAGACCCGUAUCAUGGCAUGGGGUAUCGGUCUCAUCAUGUCUGUCGUCGCUAAAUUCGCUUGCUCUACUAACAACCCACUCUGGCCUAUUAUGCACACUGAGAAUGGUGGCUGGAACAAGAUUGGUCUUGCUAUCGCGAUUGUUUCCGUGCUGAGAUCCUACCGGCCGAACUUCACCAGCGGCGGCGACUAUAUGCCUGCCGGCGGCAAGAAGGGCUCGUCGCUUCUGGCCGGUGUUGGAUUUGCCGGUCUCAUGUUCGCCAUUGUUUCUCUAUUGACCGACUCCAGCACCAUGAUCUCCUGGGUUUGGGAGGGAUACCCCGUUCGUGGACCAAUUGCGGUUCCCCACGGUGCGGUCACCAUUUUCGCCAUGGGUGCUGGUCUGAUUUUCGGUGUGUUCUAUCCUCGCGUGGCAGGCAGCUGGACGGCGUAUGGCCUUGGAUCGGUUGGUGCCGCCCUUCUCACCUAUUACCACCACUGGACCGGCUACUAUGGCGCCCUCAUUUUUGCAUUCUACAUCAUGGCCGCCGCUCCAUUCAUCAUCACCUCUUGCGUCCGCCAUUCCCCAGGGAGUACAUUCGGCCUCGGGUUCUUUCUCUAUGUCUUCCUGCUCCUUUUCCAUGUCUGGGUUGUUGCAUACGCCUUCGUUCCCGGUGGCCCCCUUGUUCGUGAGCGUACCGAUUGGCUCAUGAUUACCACUAUGCUCUUCAUUGGAGCUGGCGUGUUCUCUGCUGCCACCACCAACUCAUCCCGCACCCGCAAGCACAAGCCUGUUAGCCCCAACAGUAAGAGACAGCGAUCCUACUAUAUCUACGUCCUUGCUGCGCUGCAGCUGCUUGCUGUGUCUAUUGCGUACCUGCGUUUCCCGACUAACGACUACACACCUCACCACAAGGAGGACAAGGUUGUGACCGCUGGUAUCUGGACAGUUCACUUUGGACUGGACAAUAACAUGUGGGCUGCAGAGCGACGCAUGCGUGAUGUCCUCGGGGAGCUUGAGCUGGACGUUAUUGGAUUCCUUGAAUCUGAUAACCAGCGCAUUAUCAUGGGUAACAAGGAUGUCACCCAAUAUAUUGCCGAAGAUCUAGGCUACUACGCCGACUUCGGCCCGGGCCCUAACAAGCACACCUGGGGCUCUGCUCUUCUUUCCAAGUUCCCCAUUGUGAAUUCCACUCACCAUCUUCUUCCAUCGCCCGUCGGUGAGCUAGCUCCUGCCAUUCACGCCACCCUCGACAUGUAUGGUGAGAUGAUCGACGUGGUUGUUUUCCAUUCCGGCCAGGAGGAAGAUCCGGAGGACCGUCGUCUUCAGAGUGAAUAUCUGUCGAACUUGAUGGGCUCCUCCCCUCGUCCUCUUAUUCUGUUGAGUUACCUAGUCACCAAGCCACUCGAGGGUAACUACAACAACUAUGUUAGUGAGGUGAGCCACAUGAAGGAUAUCGACCCCACCGAUUGGGACCGAUGGUGCGAGUACAUUCUCUUCAAGGGCUUGAAGCGAACUGGCUACGCCAGAGUUAGUCGCGACACUAUCACCGACACAGAAAUCCAGGUCGGCAAAUUUGUCAUCGGUGAGCCUGAGCCGGAGAACGAGAUGCGUAUCCCGGAGGAGAUGGUACCUGCUGGCCGCCGUUUUCCUGCUCUUUUCCGUGGUGAUGGUGUCCGUGGACACCGCUAUCAUGUCUUCGAUGAGCCCCGGUACUGGCAAUAA